AACCGGCUCCCCCUUCAGAAACCCCAGCUAGUGACCGGGGGUGAGAGUUUCAGCCGCUUCCUCCAGGACCACUGCCCAGUGGUGACGGAAACGUACUACCCGACGGUCUGGUGCUGGGAGAGUCGAGGACAGACGCUGCUGAGACCUUUCAUCACUUCCAAGCCCCCGGUGCAGUACAGGAAUGAACUUAUUAAAACUGCAGAUGGAGGACAGAUUUCACUGGACUGGUUUGAUAAUGAUAACAGUACAUGUUAUAUGGAUGCCAGCACCAGACCUACUAUCUUAUUGUUGCCUGGCCUCACUGGAACAAGCAAGGAAUCAUAUAUUCUUCAUAUGAUCCAUCUCAGUGAAGAAUUAGGAUACAGAUGUGUGGUUUUUAACAACAGAGGAGUGGCGGGGGAGAAUCUCUUGGUAAGUAAAUUUAAAUGAUAACAAUUGAAUUUUUAAAAAAAUUAUUUCCAGUCUUAUAAUGAAAAACAUAUUCUUUUUUCUUUAAAAUACUCUUUUUGUUUAUUUUAACUUAUUGUUUAUGUAAGCAAUACAAGUUCAUUGUAGAAAAAUACAGAUA